AUGUUCAAAGGUGGUUCUGCCAUGUUCUGGUGUGCCCUAGGUGAGGAGAGUACCGAGAAUGUUCAUCGAUCGGUCAAGUACACAAAUGAGUUGUUGGAAAGGACACUGCAGCUCGAGAGGUCCGCUGCGCAUUUCCUAGACAAUGCAGACGAACUCAUCAGUUGCGUCAAGCAGCAGGUCAGGAAGGCUCAUGAAGCUUCUCUGUCGAGUAUGCAGGCAAGCAUCUUGAACCUGUCCCAGCAGAAGAUGGAGCUGCAGGAAGGCGUUGCCCAAGGUCAGAUCGACAUCAACCGGACAGAAGCUCUUCUCCAACACAUGCAGAAGGAGAUCAAGGGCCAGAAAGCGACGUUGGAGGAGUGGGAAGAGUCGCAGGAAAUCCCACUCGAGAAGUUUGACCAGCGUCUCCCUGUUGCUAUACAGCAGGACAUGCGCCUCAGUGCUGUCGACCGCAUGCAGGAACACAUGCACAACGCCAGGAGCAAUGUUCACACGCUCAACCACAAGUGUGAGGAGACGAAAGAGUUGCUGUCGCAGCUUCGGAGUUCCUCGGAGUUACUGCAGAAGCACCUGACAGACGUGACAGCAUCCUGGAACAUUGACAUGCAAUGCUCCAAGGUUGGUUUCAACAAGGAUGCAAAUUCGUCAUCAGUUUCCACAUCGAGAUCAAAGGGCUCAUCCUUUGUACCAGCCAGCGGCCACUUGUCAAAGGAAGCGCUAGAUCUGAUUCGCUCCAGGAUCAAGUCCGCGGCGUACGUUGGACCGAAGCAAUCAUACGAUGUCAUCUUCAAACGAUUCGACAAGGAUGGAUCCGGGACGCUGUGCUUUGAAGAGGUGAAGAGUGCACUGCGUAGAAUUCUCAGGAUACCGAGCUCCAGCCUCAACGACUAUCAGAUCUCCUCCUUGUGCGCAGCGUUAGACACGAACGACUCCGGCAACGUGGACAUCGCCGAGCUGGUGGCCUUUCUUGGUGCGGAGUCUCUCGAAGGUCGCCGUGGCGGGUUGAAAGAAAAGCUGAACCAGGAUCUUGGCCUCAGUAAGGUCGAUGACGGUUCUCUUCAGCUUGACUGCUUUGUCAAACGCAAGCCGCGUCAGCACAACGGCCAGCAUUCGCAAAAGCUGCCUGCCAACAGUAGCAAGAUUCCAUUACCGCAGAACGUGGUGGAGAUGCUUCGGUCAAAGAUGAAGGCGGCGGCCUAUGCUGGACAGCUUGGUCGUGAGAUUAAGGCUUUGUUCUCCCGCUUCGACUACAAUGGCUCCGGUUUCCUGGAGGUGGAUGAAGUCCGCCAGGUUUUGCGCCGAGCCAUGAGGAUACCGCCGACGGUCAUCACCGACCAGCAGAUAUGGAA